AGACGUGCACGUGCUGCUCCUGGACGACAUCCUGGUGCUGCUGCAGCGGCAAGAGGAGCGGCUGGUUCUUCGCUGCCACAGCCGCCCCCCCGGCCCCACGCCCGAGCCCCGGCAGGUCCUGAGUCCCAUCAUCAAACUCAGCUCCGCCAUGACCCGCGAGGUGGCCACAGACCGCAAGGCCUUUUACGUCAUCUUCAGCUGGGAGAACGGAGCCCAAAUCUACGAGCUGGUGGCCCAGACGGUGUCGGAGAGAAAGAACUGGUGUGCUCUGAUCAGCGAGACGGCCGGGUCUCUGAAGCUGCCGGGUUCCAAUCGCCAGAAACCGCGUCGUGCUGCCACGAGUCUGUCAGCCCCAUACAGCCCCAGCUACUACCGGGAGCCGCUGCUGAGUAGCUCGGAGAACGGGAACUCUUCCAAGGAGACGCUGCACUCGGACGAGCGGGAGAAGGACGGUGCGCUGGAGGGGAUGGAGUUUGAGGAGCGCAGUCUGGAGAAGCCGGAGAAGGACUCGGAGCGGAUCCUGGCGGAGCUGCUGGCUCUCCACAAGCCCCAGACGGUGGGGUGUGAGGGGGGGCUGGCAGCUGCCACGCUGGAGAGAGUGUCUGCGCUGAAGAGGCUGCUGGUCGGGGGGUCCCCCCUGCCGGAGGACGGGGACCCCGGCUCCCCUGAGGACGGCUGGCGGCGGGCGCCGGAGAACAGGGGCACCGGAGACGAGGAUGAGGAACGGGACGCGGGUGAUGGCGCCGAGAGCGAGGGGGGGGCGCCAG